CCGCAUUCGGCUCUUUGUGUGGCGUCACGCGGCCAUUAGAAAGGAGGAAACGGACAGCAGGACCGAUGAAUAAAACCAGAUUUCAGCUUUGACAGCUCGUGUUUGAGCCGGCCAGCGCUCUGCAGGCAGAUAAAGCAGGUCGUAAAGCAGCGUUUGACGUGGACAGACGUGCAGUUGGAUUGCUGACUGUUUAGAUACGCUUAAGCUUAACGCAGUUGUUGCAGAACGACACAAGCUCAUCCCAGCACACCCUGUCAAAGUGCUAUGCCUGCCGAGAUGCCUGUAAGGCUACGCGUCUUCUCCCUCAACUGCUGGGGAAUCCACUAUCUCAGUAAGCACUGCGCUCAGCGAUAUGCCAUGAUUGGAGACCUGCUGAGCAAGGAGCAGCAUGAUGUAGCAUUACUGCAGGAGGUUUGGAGUGAGAAAGACUUCCACUUCUUGAAAAAGAAACUAGGCGGCACCCAUCCUUAUUCACAUUACUUUAAAAGUGGAUUUUUUGGAAGUGGACUGGCAGUGUUUUCCAAGCACAGAAUCCAUGAUGCCUUCCUGUAUAAAUACACCCUCAAUGGCUAUCCUUACAUGGCCCAUCAUGGAGACUGGUUCGGGGGCAAAGCUGUUGGGAAAGUACUGCUGAAUAUCAGCGGGCUGGCAGUCCAUGUCUUUGUCACUCAUCUGCAUGCAGAGUAUUGUAGAGAGCCGGACUCUUAUCUCCCUCACAGAGUGGUACAAGCCUGGGAGCUCCAGAACUUUAUACGGCACACCAGUGCUGGAGCAGAUGUAGUGAUAUUAGGGGGGGAUUUGAACAUGCACCCAACAGACCUGGGCAUUAGACUGCUGCAGAGCUAUACUGGACUCAAGGACUGCUACAAUGAGACGGCCAGUUUUGAUGGAUGUGAACAGGGAUUCACACAUAUAACAGCUAAUCCUUUCACACAUGAGCAGGAGCUUAUUCCAUUCGGAGGAGGAAUCCGUAUCGACUAUGUCUUCUUCAAGGGUUCGAAGAGUGUAGAUGUGAGUUGUGAAUCUCUGUCCACUACUAAGGGCCCUGUCCCUGGUCAGCCCUUUCCUUACUCUGACCAUGAAGCUCUGAGCACUGAGCUUGUGCUUCAUCCUUCAGAGGAUGGGAAAGGCCGCUCAAACCAGGAGAAAGACAGCACUGCAGAUAAGCUUUCUGAGCUGGUGAACAUUGUGACUGAGGCUCGGACUGAGGUGAAGGUGGGCCUACAUUGUGCUGAGCGCAUGCGCUACACGGCUGCUCGUACAGGGAUCAUGGGCCUGGCCCUUCUGCUGCUGGAGCUGGCCAUAGCUGCUGUCCCCUGCUUCGCCUUGGGAACCGAACACCCCUUCCCUAAAGCUUCCUUCUACCUUCUGGGGGCGCUAUGUUUUGCCAUCCUUUUCUGUACCACCCUGCUUUACAUCUUUUAUGGCAUGGAGGUAAAGGCCCUACAAGGAGCGGAGGACCAGAUGAGGCUUGCUGUAGGUAGCCUGCAGGAACGUCUGAAGGCGUUCCCCAAGGGUACAUAUGAGGGCCGUUCACAAACGGAACCUGACAGCUGUGAUCCAGCCACUCUAGAGCCAGGUGACUGAACAUCAAAGACUGAGCCGCUUGACUGAUAUUUGCAGUAGUUUCUUGUUUGUUGCAGGAUGCAAUAAGCUCAGCUGAGCCUAAUUUUAUUUGUCUCUAUUUCACAAGCAUACAUAAUUGUGCCGGGCGCCCGUCUGUGUCCUUUUACCGGGUUUCGGCACCACUCUAGCACACCAUGUGCUACCCUGAGCACAAGAGGGAUGCUAGAAGCAGGAGAAACGUCUGCAGCAACCAUAUUAACUAUAUUUUCACACCAAACAAACAAAACAACUCACAACCAAAGUUGACCACUUUUCAGUGGCUUUAAAGUUAGACUUUUCAGUCCUUUUCUCUAAACCACAAAACUUUUCUGCUGCUGCUCAUCUCUCUCUCUCUCUCUCUCUCUCUCUCUCUCUCUCUCUCUCUCUCUCCACUUUUUUUAAAAGGUGCUUAUGCUGCCAACGACAGAACACCAUCAGCUGGCUCUCGUUAAGGGCAGCGUGAGCACCUAAACCAAGAGGGAAAGAGAGCUUGUUGCUCCCCCUUCCUGUCACCGACCCUGCUCCCCAGCUCGACCACCUGGGUCGAACGUGAGGUGUAGUCUAGUGGGGCUUGGGACUCAUGUGCCGUCCACCACCCCCUCGCAGUUCUCAUUCUCUCCCUGGGGUUUGGCCGCCUCCCUGCCGACAGGUGCACGGCACAGUAAUGUAUAGUACUGUACGUGUAAUACCUCUCCACAACUUUCUGACUGAAUCUGUCCCUUUUAUAUCUAUAAGCACCCACUUUAUUUCAAAACUAUGGACCAAUCACUUUGCUCGGUCACCAAGGGAGAACAAUCAUUUUGAUGAGGACUGAAAGAAAACCAGAACUGAAAUGUAAGCAAUAUGACUGUGUAAGCUAACGUACUGUACACUUCCAUGCAGCUUUAGAAAAAUGGACCAGUAAAAGUUCUCCUUAUUUAAGAUUUGUUUGCUUAAUUUCUUGUAGAACUGAGGCCUGUGACAGCAUUACUUAAAAAAAAUGGAACUUGAGAUGAUAAUUUGAAAAAAAUUAUUUGUUUACUGGAUAUGUGUAUCAGUAUGCAUCAUAUAUGCAUAUUACAGUGGCAUUAUGUAUGUACUGUUGCAGGCCUAGUAAUAAACACCUCUGUUUAUAUGGGUAGAAAUCUGUUUUAACCUGAUCUGAGACCUGCUGGGCAGGUAAUUCUAAAGGGGUUAAACCACUCGGUUCCUUUACGUUAGUUUAUUGUUUUCCACAUUUCAGUUGUCCCCCCCCCGACACCUAUUUAUCGGUCUUAAAUGUUGUGUUUUUAUAUGAAUAAUACUAACAGUAACUGUGAUGUCCUUUAGAUGUGCUUUAAUUUGUAAUACCAUCUUCUUUGCACUCUGUACUGUAGCCGUGCACUCCCAUUUAAUACCUUCUGUUUAUUUUUCUAUAUUUACAGUAUACUUAGAUAAACAUUACAAAUGUUGUGUGAAGAAACAGGUUUUGCAGUAUUCAUGAAUUUAUACUGUAGACUUAAGACAAUAGUAGUCUACAGUAUCUACCUUUGUAGGACACCUAGUACCUAGAAAUGGAAAUAUACUGAAUGUUACCGUUCAUGUUACCAUAUUCACUCACUUGUCCAUCACUUUUAGUUACUAUUUUAUUAUAUCAGAGGCACUUUUCUUGAAAAAAAAUAAAUUAUGCAUUUUGCUAAUGGAAA